UCACGUUUCUACAUUACCCUAGAUGGCUAAUGCGUCGCGACUGCUUUAAUAGUGGCUAUGAACUUCAGGAUAUUACUGCAUGCAUAUUGUAUACUAUACCUAACGAAGACAUCGUGCAAGAUCCAUCAUGAUCUGAAGGAGAGAAAUAAUUCCAACGCAUUACAGUAUACGACGCUUGCAACACGAGAUCUCUUGUCACAUUACGGCAAUGGUAAUUUAUCGUCAAAUUAUCGCGAUUUUCGAUCAAGGAAAACGCGUUCAUCGGCCAAGGAGAAUAGCACGCAGAUUCCAGCUCAGAAGCGAUCGAUAGAUGACGACAGAUCGCAGGGUCAACAAAACAGAGUUCGAAUAAAUGGAGAAACGAUAGAACCCGGAAAAGGCUCAGUGAAUUAUCACUUCACCUGCAAUUCCGGCGUAUGCAACAUAAACAUCAAAAUGGAUAUCAUUCCACCUGGGCAGGAAGGAGAAGGCGGAGAAGAUGAUAAUCCACGAUCGACAGAAUCGGAGAAGGAACAGGCGUAUAGAAACACAAAGACGGAUAAGAAGGUUAUAAACAGCGAUAACGGUCCCACGGAAGAGCUGGUCGCACGCAAAAUUGACGACAACACGAUCGAGUUGGUGAGGAGUAGCUUAAUAAAAGACGACACAGAAAAACAGCAGGAGAUUAGUGGAUUCAAGCCGCAUCGUUCUCGGCCAAAGCAACGUCGAGGAAAAUGGACAUCUAUACGUGGUCGGAAAACAGUAAGUCAACAUUCUACAUAUCAUCAUGCGCGACUCAGUUGGAUCAAAAGAGAUGAUCGGCCAAAAAAAAUUCGGACCCAUUUCAAGCGUGUGAAAAACAACAAGCGUAGGCAUAAAGCGUUGCCUCUUCGCACAAUUCUUGCCAAAUCGAAAGGAAUAUACAAAUGA